AUGUCUCAAGAACAAUCAAACUCAAUUUCGAAUGAUUUUUCAUAUUUAUUUUUUCGUAAUGGAGUUUCUUUUGAAAUAAAUUAUAAUGAUGAUGAAGAUAAUAAUAAUAAUGAUAAUAAUGUGUAUGACAAUAAAACUAAAAUAUUAAAACUAAGUGAUUUAUGUUGUUCAUUAAUUGUACAAAAUGAAUAUUUAACUGAAUAUGCAUGUGAUAUAAUACCAAAAGAAUUAUUUUAUCCAUUAUUUUAUUCGGCAUUAAAUUCUACACGAGAUGAUACAUGUAUAAAUAUAUUAAUAUCACGAUGGCCAUAUCGAAUAUUUCGUUUAGAAAAUUUUGUUAAAAAAAAAUUAACAUCAUUAAAAAUGUUAUUAUGUGAAAAAACAGCAUUACAAAGAACAAAACAAGCUAUUAAAUAUUCAGUUAUUUUAAUUCCACGUUUUAUUGAUUCAAUACGACAACAACAACAACAACAACAACAACAAACACAAAUAAAUAAAAAGAAAUUAUCAAAUUUACGUAUACUUGAUGUGACAAAUUUUCCUGUUGUUGAAUUAAUAUUAAGAUAUAUAUCUACACAUUGUCGUUUAGCUGAAAAAGAAACAAAACGUAAUCAAUUAAUUGAUAUUUAUCAUCAACAACAUCAACAUUUAUUACCUGUUCUAAAAUCUGAUGAUGAGAAUAGUAAUGAUAAUGGAGUGAAUACUAGUAUAGAUAUUCAACCAGUAAAUUCAAAUGACAAUAAUGAUGAUCUUAUUAAAACAAGUUCAUAUCCAGAUGAUAUAAUUAUUAUUCGUUUUGAUUGUAUUAUUCAAGAUUAUCGUACAUAUGUUGAACUUCUAUCGGCUCUUCGUUCAUCAACUCCAAAUAUUCAAUUACAAAUAUGUACAAUUGAUAUGCGUUGUAUUGGUUUAGCACUUGUUAGUAGUUUUCUUGAUCAUGUUGAUAAACGAUUUGUUCAUACACUUCGUGUUCCAUAUAAUGUAUUAACACGACAAAAUUUAAAAUAUUUUCUUCCACGUUUACCAACUUUAACAAAAUUACAUACAUUAGAUUUAUCAUGUAAUUUUAUUGAUUUUCGUCUUAAUCAUGAUGAUUUAGAACAGUUUUGUAAUGUUUUAUCACAAUUAAAAUAUUUAAAAAAUCUUUCAUUAAGUGGUUCACCAGUAACAAAUCGUCUUGAAUAUAUAUUAAAUUCAAUUGAACAUUCAUUAGAUGUAUUAAAUCUUGAUUUUUGUUCAUUAUGUGAAAAUGAUUUAAUUAGUUUAUGUCAAAUGAGUACACAUCAUCAAUUUUUACAUUUAGAUUUAGGUACAAAUCGUUUAAAUCGUUUUAUGCGUACAUUAUUACUUGUUUUAAUGAAACAAAAACGUCUUGUUGUAUUAGAACUUGAUUAUAAUCGUUUUUCAUCAAAUGAUUAUUUAGAAUUAAUAGCUUGUUGUCAACGUUUAACAACAUUAAAAUGUUUAAGUGUACGUGGACCAAAUUCUUUAACAACACAAUUAGCUGCUGCAACAUUUAUUGGUGAACAUUAUCCAUGUUUACGUUCAUGGAAAAUAGCUUCACCUAUUGAAUAUUCUUUAAAUCGUUUUGUAGGAAAUGAUGAACAAAAUUAUUUAAUACAAACUAUUAUGCCUUAUGAUAUGUUUGUUAAUGAAAUGAAUAAACGAGCCAAAUGUCUUGUUUCUAUAGCUGAACUUACUGUGUGA